AUGAAGACGAACCUCUUGUUGGCUCUCUUUGCCGCCACAGCACAGGCCUUUUGCUUUGGCGGCCGCCGAACCCAAGAGGAAUUAGCCGACCAAAAUGUUGGCAUGACAAGACGAGGCCUCCUUUUUUUCAACUGUGAUACCGAAGCUCUUGUAGGAGAAAACACUUCUGUCCCCGCAAUAACGGAGGCCGCAUACGGCGAAGACUCUCCGGUUCCCGAGACCGAAUCUCCGUCAGAAGCAACAGUUCCGGAUCCAACACCUCCUCCCACUGUUGCUCCAGUGCCUGAUCAACAAUAA